AUGGCGAAUGUUAAUGCACCUAAUGUCGUACCUAAUGUCAGUAACGUAGGUAAGACAACCACAACUGUCCCCGAUCUUCAAAGAGUACUUGAUAGCUUGACUCUGAGACAGAAAAGGAGAUACAAUAACUCGAACGAAAAAGUCACACUAUUGGAAAUGAUUUUAGAUGAACGAAAAAAAUCGGAAGUCAACUGUGAAAUAAUCUCUGUUGCAAUGUAUGCAAUAACUACUGUUGCUAUUGCUCUCGCAAAUGCAUUAUAUUUUAAAAGUGAUGAAUCAACGAAAAAUUUUUCCUUAAUUAUAAAUUCUGUUUAUUAUGGAGCUAAGUUAGUUAUUAUGGG